AUGCAAUAACAAAAAGUUAUUUUUGGUAAUUAGCAAUAUCUAUUUCAAACCACAUAAACUUAUUUUUAAGGCACCAAAUAUAAAUUAUUUUUGACUUCAGAAUGCAAUUAUGUAGUCAAAAUAUAUGAAGUUGGAUAAGAGAGAGUAUUGAAUUAUGUACUAAUUUUUAUAGUAUUUGAAUACAGAGUUAUAAGCUGUUCAUCUUUUUAAGGAAAAAGGAUGUAACAACAUUGCAAAAUCAUAUGAAGGAGAAUUAUAAUCAAAUUAAAAAGUAAUAGUUUUUGAAAAAGCUGAAGUCCUACAAAAUAUUUUGAAGGAUUCUUAAUAAGGUUUAGUAGAACCUCAAGUCCUUAAAGUAAGCAGAAAAAUAAGCGUAGAUCUUAUUAGAUUUAAGCAAAGCAUUAAAGCAUUGUCAUUCAUUAGGUGUAACACAUCGAGAUAUCAGACCAGAAAAUAUUUUAAUAGGGUUAGAUAAGUAAGCCAAAUUAUGGAAUUUUUAAAGGUGCUUUUUUUAAGUAUUUUAAAUUCUAAUUAGUAAUAUGUUCAAAUACCAAAUGAAUAUUUCGGGAAAAUCAAAGAAGAAAUUGAAAUGAAUACUUUUGAACAUGUAAGAGCCCCAGAAUAAAAAGAUUUUUCUUAAAGAUUACCAAUUACUACCAAAGUAGACAUCUAUGCUCUAGGAUAAUUAAUGUAUUAUAUAAUAUUUAAAGUUCGAUAUGAUUAAAACCCUAAUUGGGAAGGAAAGUAUAUAAAUUUAUUAUAUAAGUGCAUAAUGGGGAGUCUAUAGUUCUAAAUUAUAAAACCUAAUAAAAUAAUUACUUAUCAGUAAUCCAAAAGAGAGGAUUACAGCUGAAUAAAUAGAAAAAUAAAUUAAUUCCUUCAUCAUUUAAUAUAAGUAAUUUUUAUAAUUUAUUUUCAGUGGAAUAUCAUAAUAAAUUCAUUUAAGAAGUUAAUCAACUAAUGACACAUAAAAUAAACAUAUAAUUAAUUAAUAUAAUGGAAUUGAGAAGUGUCAUUCUUUUGAAUUUAAAGAUUUAGAAUAACCUUAAUCCUCUUUAACAACUAAAUUAGUUAAAUUAGUAAGUAAAGUUGCAUAAAAAACUGAUUUUUGGAUAGCUGCAUGUUUAGAAGAAGUUGAUGCUGCUCCAUGUUAAAAAUAUUUUAGAUUUCUUCAUUGUAAAGCAUGGUAAAAGAAACAAAAAAUUCCUAAAUUUUAUGAAAAAUUGUCUAAUAGACUUUAAUUAAAUUCUGUGAUAAUAACAUUUAAAGCUUUGUAAUUAUUACAUAACUAUGUCAAAAAAGGUCCUUAAGAGACAAUUCUUGUAUAACAUUAAACAUAUUCCCCAAACGCAAUUUUAGAAAGAAUCAAAAAUUUUUAAGAAUAAAUCUAAAUGCGGAUUUGUAAAGAUAAAUAUAGAACUUAAUUUUUCACAAAAUUAUUGUAUAAUUAUUCUAUUAUACUUUUGGAAAAGGUUUAAUUUCAUACAUUCUAUUUAAAAUUUUUCGAAGGUAAUUAUUCUAUGAUUCCAUUCUUUAAUAGUAUGAAUGGAGCUUAAAAAUAAAAAUUAAGUGUAGCAAUAUUGAAUAAUAUGAUGAAUUUAUGGAAAUAAUUAAUAAUUUUUGCAUCUGAUAUAUCCUUUCAGGAAUAAAAUUUAAUUAAUUUAUAACUGGGUCUUGCUAUUACAAUGGCAGAUGAAUUGUAUAAUAUUCUUUGCACAUUUACUCAUAUAUUUUAUGCUUUAAAAUAAAGCACUAAUUAUAUAAGCGGAUAACCAACAAAUAAUAAUGAAGUUAAAUAAGCUUUUCUUGCAUUAUAAGAAGAAUAUUAAAUUAAUUUUUAAUCAACUAUUAAUUUCUUUUCUGUAUGUAAAAGAAUACCUCAAUUUUAAUAAUUAAUACCAGAUCCUUCUAAGAAUGUUGUUGAAACUUUAAAAAAAGUGCCAUUGUUUUAAUCUAAAAUAGGAGAAUUUUAUAUAAAUGAUUUUUUAAGUUAUUAAAUGUCAAUUGAUGGAAUUAAAUUACCUUAAAGUUAUGGAGAAAUAAUGAUAAAUUAAGUUGUGGAAUAUGAUGAAGAUGUAGUUUAAUUAGAAUCAAAAUUUGAAAAAUAAAACUCUCAUCCAAUAAAAGCAGUACAAUCUUGUUAAGUAUAAUCAGAGAAAUCAAAUUAGUUUAAUUUUGAAUUCUAAGUAUUACCAAAAAUUAAUAAUAAUAAUUCUCAGAUAAAUAUUAAUUAAGAUGAUUAAAUUAAUUAUUCUAUUUAAUAAUAAUAGUAAAAUUAAGAGAUUGAAAAUCAAAGAGAAUCUAAAAGUAUUAAAAAUGUUUAAUUAAAGAAAAAACAAUCAAAAUAAUAGUAAUAAGGAGAGUACAAUGGAUUAGAUUUAUCUGAUGAUGAUUAGUAGAAUGACGAUGAUGAUUAUGAAUAAGUACCAAAAAAACCUGAAGAAACUAAAAUAAGAGCUACUUUGUCUAAUUAAAAUACAUAGUCAAUAAAAGAAUUAUUAAAUGAUGAUGAAUUCUUAAAAUGGGGACUCAAAUAAAAUAAUAUAAAUAAAUCUAAUGUAUAAGAAUAAAGGAUUAAAUCAGCUAAUCCUUAACCAAAUAAUAUUUUUGAUUAGUUUAAUUUAAAUUAAAAUUAGACACCAUAAGUGUUUAAUUAAAUUGAAUAACCAUAAUAGAAUUAACAAAGUAGUUUUUAAGUUGUUGAUUUCUUUAAUAAACAAGGAAAAAGUAUUUAAUUGACAUAUAUAAUUUAGAUGUUUCUGAAUGGAUGAUUAAUCAUGAUUAAUUAAAAUUAGAAAAAUUGAUAGGAACAGGUAGUAGUUGUGAAGUUUAUAAAGGAUAUUGGAGAGGAGGAGAAGUAGCAAUUAAAAAGAUGAAAAUUAAAUCAUUAAAUGAGAAUCAUUUAAAAGAAUUUAAAAGAGAAAUUUCUGCUUUAGUGACGAUAUAAAGACAUCCAAAUUUAGUAUAAUUAUUAGGAAUUUCAUAAAAAGAUGAUGAAUUAUAUAUUGUAACAGAAUAUUGUGCUGGAGGAACACUUUUUGAUUUAUUACACAAAAAAAAACAUUUAGAAAUAAAUUGGUAAUAAAGGGUAAAAAUGGCAAUUUAAAUAGCAGAUGGGAUGCAUCAUCUACAUAAAUUAAAUCCUCCAUUAAUACAUAGAGAUCUUAAGAGUUUAAAGUAAAAAAUAUUUAAUUAAAAUAUAGUUUAUUACUUGAAUAAACAUAUGAAUAGAAUAGAUUAAAUAUCAAAAUUGCUGAUUUUGGAUUAGCUAGAGUUUAAGCGGAUAAUGGUGAAUAAAUGACUGGUGUUUUAGGAACUUUUGUAAAAUAUUAUAAUAUUAAAUCAGCAUUGGAUGGCUCCAGAAGUAUUCUAAAAUGUUCCUUAUACAAUAAAAGCAGAUGUCUAUUCAUAUGCAGUAAAAUAAACAGUUCUAUCAAAUUUAGAUAGUAUUAUGGGAAAUAUGUUGCAGAGAAACACCAUAUAAACAAUUAUCUACUAAUCCACCUGCUAUCAUGAAAUUAGUUGCAGUAGAUAAUGGAAGACCUGAUUUGAGUUUAAUUUAGGCUGGUUGUCCUUUAUUUUUAAAAGAGUUGAUGAUUAAAUGUUGGGAUAAAGAUCCUUAAAAAAGACCAUUAUUUCAAGAAGUAUUAUCAUACUUAAGGGGAUAUUAAUGA